AUGUUGGCCUCGAGGUUCGCGUUGAAAGUGGCGGAAUCUGGGGCCGGCACUUGCACAAUCAGACAGUUAGAAAGUACCUGUGUGCUAGACUCCGACUUUGGGUUCAUACUAAAUUGUGCGUUCAAAAAGUCCGGCCUGUUUCGAGUGCGGAACCUCGGGGGCGUCAAAGCACACUUUGGGCUAGGUUUCAGCCUAGGUGAUGAGCUCGGGCUGGCCGAAUCGCUGGGCAACGUCGAGGGCAGCAAAAGGCGCGCGCUCAACGUCCGGACCAAUGUCAACAACAUCGGCGUACUGCCCGCGUCCAAAAUGCCGUCUUCAUACCCGCCCACGAUAAUGCAGAGCCGCCCACAAGCGCUAACCGCAAGGCCGAUGCUAAAACUGACGACCGCCAACUCCGUAACAGGUCCCCAGCGUCCUACCACCGGAACUCCCGUUUACGUGUCACCGGCCAACAGUCUCAUGACCAAAGCAUCCUCCCUUCCCCUUGGAGUACCCGCCUUUAAACCCCUUCCCAAACCCGAACCGGAACCGGUGAGCUACGUUCCUACCCUGGUGCCGAAGACCUUCUCCCUCAAAACUCCUCAAACGCCCGAUCUUUCCUUCCAGAACCAGCUCAUGAACCAAACCUCCUCCUUCCACCGACCUUCCCGAAUUACCAGUGCCCCUCCCAACCACCACAUCGUCUACAAAGACUCCUCGAUCCAGGUGCAGAAGGUCCCAGCGUUCCAGGCGAUGCCAGAGUCCGUCUCUCGGAUAUCCACCGGACCGGUCAUCCAGAUCGACAACAAACUGUCCCACGAGCCUACGAUCAAGAACUCCAUCGUAACGGUCCCAUCACGGCACGACGUCAUCGGCAAGGGCACCACCGUGGUGGACGGCGUCGAUCUGAUGGGACACACCGUCGAGGAACUGGCCGCAGCGGCCAACGUCAGCGUUGAGGUCAUCAAAGAGGCCAUCCGCGUGCGGAAGCAGGAAAUCCUGGCCCAGCAGCAGUACCAGAAACAGCAGGCCGCCAUCGUACACGCCCAGGUCAUGGCCGCCCAACAGGCGACCUCGACGAGCACCACGACCACCACGACUACAACGACCACUCCGCGGCCGCGUCGAUAUCCGACGCACUCCGGUCAUAAGGUCAUGAACGCCCCCAAGGAGUACUACCCGGUGGGUUACGACAAGAACUUUGACGACAACUUCACCUCGAAGGUCGACCUGCCGUACACGACGUUCAACUGCGGCGAGCAGAAGCACUUCCCCGGGCUGUACGGCGACGAAGACUUGGGCUGUAUGGUCUUCCACGUAUGCGCACUCACCGACGACGGGCUGAUCAUGAAGUCGUUCCUGUGUCCGGAGAGCACCCUGUUCGACCAGACGAUCCUCAAGUGCAACUGGUGGUUCUACGUGGACUGCAAGAACAGCAAAACGCUGUACGACUCGAACCUGCCGGUGUCCAAGAGUUACCAGCUGAUGAAGGCGCUGUCGUUCUUCUCGGCCAACUACAAGAGCCCGGGCCAGAACGCGGACGGCGUGGACGUGGAAGCGCUGAAGAACAGCGUCAACGGCGGCAACAGCACGGUUUCCGGCAGGUCGGUCAGCGGCGGUGGGGUUGUGGAAAUUGACGGCAAGUCCUCGUCCUCGGUGCAGCAGAGCACGUCGACCACGACAAAGAGCAGCGCCAAGGCGUAGACCGGUGGACGGGUUACUUUAGGUUCUACCAAGUACUAGAAGUAGGGAAUGUAUUUCAAUUUUCGUUUCGCGUUUAUAGUAGCGCUUCCGGGUCGGAAGGUUUGGAUAGUAGAGAGCUCGUUACAAGAAAGUAAAAAAGAAAGUUAUUUAUUGUUUCUGUUAUCGAACUUUUCCCCCAAGCAGUAGCAAUCUCUAUUUAUAUACUUUGUUUAGCUGUAAGAACCCACACACACACGCACGCGGUACGAGAGCGAAACGAAAACAAGUCAUAUCUUUAACGAAACAAACAAAAAAGGCGCAUAGUUUGCUUAAUCUAA